AUGUUCACUCGCUGUUUUCAGUUCACCAUUCGGCGACGAUUGUACGAGCUCGAGCGAACUUUGUAUGAGGAGUACCUCUACGACCACAAGUCCCCGAAGCUCCCGGCACUUGAGUCGGAGAUUCGCGAAGUGCUCAAUGCAAGUCGUGAACUCUUGAUACGCGAGCAGGAGCAAGCAUUUGACGACAAGUACGACCACGAGACUAUCGUAGAGGUGUUAGCCAUGGAUAUCGAGGAGGCGCAAAAAGAACUCCAGGAGAAGUUGCACGAGCUGGCGACGCAGAGGACGAAGAAUUCCCUGCUGGAAGCUCAACUGGCUAUCAGCGUCAAGAAGCAAGAAACGCCCCCGAACAUCUUGACGUCCCAAGAGCAGCUGCGAGGGGUCUACAGUCAAUCCAAAGAGGAGAUCCAGGAUCUGGAGGAUGACCUUCUGGAAUUGGAAAUGAAGUUGAUCGAGCUGGAGAAAGAAUAG